UAAUCUCCUCCAUCAAAACAAAAUCCCUAUUCCCUUUGCACUUUCUCGAUCAUGGAAGAGUAUCUCGCAGCACUCUCACGCUUGCACCGCCCGCCAGCGGCAGCGUCGCCGAAUCCCCGUCCCAGUCCUCCUGCCGGCGGCGCCGGGGGAGGCAGCAGCAUGUCGCUGUGGACUACAGAGAGGAUCGAACGAAUCGGAUCCGCCGUCCGCUCUCUCGCCUCUCGCGGGAUCGCGGCCUCGUCCAGGGUUGAGGCGGCGGACCUAAUUUACUACGAGAUGAACGACCCGCGCAUCUCGUCGGCGGAAUUGCUCCAAUUCCUCAAUAUCUUCGUCACUACCCGCCGCUGCUUGGACGGAUCUAUCUAUUUCGCCCCGAAAUCGGCCUCGCGGAAGUUUCGCCUUUUGAAGUCCCAGCAACAGGGGCCGCCGUCGUGCCCGCGGUUGUCGCCGUAUUUCGUCGCCGGCAACAGGAACAUUGCCAGGCCGGCGCGUUUCGCGUGGGGACUGAGGCUGCACAGGAUGUUUCUGGACGCGGUGGAGCGGCUGGGGGGACUGGGGAUGGCGGAGCCGGCGGCGAUUUACCGGCUGAUGAAGGAGUCGGAGCAGGAGGCUGGUAGUGGGCCGGAGGAGAAUAAUGGCGGUGGUGGUGGUCAAAUUUUGAAUGGGCUUACAGUGGGGGAAGUGGGCCGCCAUCUUGUGCAGUUCCGGUACUUGAUUGGGCUUCCCGGUGGAGGCCCGGUUGCACCAUUGUCAUCUCAAGGUGGAGAUUCUUCGAUGCUUGAUUUCUUUGGGGACCUCAAGCUCUCUUGAGAUAACAGAGGGUAGCAUUAGUUUCGUCGUGAAAUUUUUGUAAGGUAAAGAACAAUUGUGAUUUUAACUGAAGUUAAAAGUAUUACAUUUCUACUUUUUCAUUUUGUUGAAAAUGAUAAGGUAACUUCCCUUUUACGUGAAAUGAUGUGUUCUUUCGAGUAUGUGACUGUUUGGAAUAUAACUUCCAACUUUUAUAAAUAUAAAUAGAUUAUUGUCACUAUUUUUUUAAGAUGUGAAUUCUUCUUAUUCCCAUUUUCCUUCUCUAUUUCAUAAACACAUAAAGUAUGUAAGAUUGCUACUUCUAGACUUACAAUUGAAGGACUCCUCGGGGUUAUUUCCUCGAGCCUACCAGCAAUAAGAAAAUAACACUAUAAAAAAGUGAAUCAUUCACGUCUUCAAUCAUGAUAGCUUGACGCUGUCCACACAUCUCUCGAGUUUGCCGGUCACGACAACUUACACGUCGUGGUGGCGAAAACAAGUAUUUUAUCUUUUUUUAGCGUCAUAAUAAUUAGCUUAUCUUGCUCAAGUAGUAGGUUUACUUACUGAUUAGAAUUAUUAGCAAAGUUAAACACAACGGAGCUAGGAAUCAACGCUCGGGGGCCGAAAUUUUUUUUAGCACGUUAUCGCAAAACAACUAAAAUAACAAACAAAAGUAAAGAUAAAGCAAAAUUAAAUAUUAUUGUACCUUCACAAUAUAUUCAUUGAAACAAUUAAAAUCACUUUAUAAUCUAACUUUUUUACAUUAACUUCAAUACAAAUUACAAAUGAAUAAUUAACAAUGUGUAGCACAUACAUUUCCAUAAUUAAGAGAUAGGACUAAUAUGAUUAUUGAAAAAAAAAAUUACUAUAUACGCACAUACUUAAUUAAGAGAAUAUGCUGCACCUAUUCCACUAGGCUAAGAGUCACUUUGUGAUAAUAUGUACAUACUUUUGGUUUAUACGUAAAAUAUCCAUGUGCUACAUGCGUAACUUUCAAGAUUCUCAUGUUGUAGCUCCGCCCCUGAUUAGUUAGUGGCGUCUAGGUACAGGUUACGUACAAUAGAAUUUCUUUUUUACGGGAACAAGAAUAUAUAGGAAUUAGUUAGUGUACGUAUAUGUAAGUUAUUUUUCAUUAAGAAAUUUUAUUAUUCAAGCAAUAUAUUUUUCAGUACGCUUAGAAAUUAGGUGUCUAGCUUCAGCCUUCACGGAUGACAAAUGAGUCGAGUCGGAGGCGGAUAGUGCAUAUUCGUAACCCUACCCAAAUUAGUUCGGGUUUUACCUAUAUCAAUGCCCGCAUAACAAUCGACAGAAAAUCAAAACCAUGCCCAUACCUGUUCGGGUUUCGGGUAUUCACGGUUAUCCAUGGGUAAUAACUUCUCGUUAUAACAUUCACAUGCAUAAUCACAUUAUAUAAAUGGAAAAGUAUGACAAUAAAUCAAUCACUUGAAUGAAGAAGAUUAAUUGAAAACAUAAUUUAUGAAAAUAUUAUAUAUGUAUACUAAAUAUAAAAUAUGUUCAAAAAAAUAAUGAUCAUUUAUAGACAAAAUACAUAUGAAUGUAUAUAAUCAGGCGGGUACAGGUUGGAUAGUGUAAAAACCGUGGCAACUCAUUACCCACAAUAUUCGGGUUCAAAUUUUACCAGUAUACUAAUUAAAGAAUUCUUUAAAAAAUAAGUUAUAUAUAUAUAUAUAUAUAUAUAUAUAUAUAUAUAUAUUGUGUAUGUAUGUUUAAAUAAAGAAUAUAAUUUAGAAUUCUUUAAAAAUUGGUGUUUUAGUUCUUUGCCUUGUUGUACAAUUUGAAGUUGUACCUAAAUAAAUUUAUUCUACCAUGCUUUAAUGUAGCUAUACAUUUGUGAAUGGAAUUGCAUGUGCGGUUGUUGUAGGAUAUAUGGCCGAGCUCCUCCGUUGGGUCGACGGAUUCACAAGCCCUAGAGAGUGCCAAAUUGUACGUGGAAGGGCAGGUGAACCAUUUGAGAUCUGGGGGCAAGAAUAAGAAGAAGAACACUCCCAUUCAAAACCUUCAUGUUAGUGUUGUGGUAUAAUGUUAGUGUUGUGGUAUAUGAUCCACGAUUGAACCUCUUCCAACAAUUCGAGUUAUUGGGAUCAAUUGGUUCUUGACAUGGUAUCAGAGCCUUCUAUGACCGAGAGGUCUUGUGUUCCAUUCCCAAUGACCCCCAUUUGUUAAGCACAUGGUAUUCUUAUCUUCAGACAUGUGCAAACUUUCAGCCCUUGUGAGUGGCUUUCGUUUGAGAGGGCGUGUUAGUGUUGUGGUAUAUGAUCCACGAUUGAACCUCUCCCAACAACUCGAGUUAUUGGGAUCAACUGGUUCUUGACACUUCACAUACGAAUUGAGGGAUGGUAUAACGACGUAGUCAGACAUUAGAACGGGGCAUUCUGCACCCAGACUUAACCCCCAAGUACAACUUUCACAAAACAAAAUUUAGUAUUUAAUGUAUUAGCACAACCUAUGUUGUCUAACUUUCAUUUUAUUUAUAAUUUGUUCCAUAUAUUCGAGCUAAACUAAUCAAAACCAUUAACCAUCAACCUACUUGCUCGAUCGAGUCAACAGACUAAUCGAGUUGACAACCCUAAUUAUUCUAUUAAGCAUAUAUGUCACAUUUAUUAGCCUACUUAAACAUUUUCUUUUAUUUUGUAAAAAAAUAUAUUUUAUCAAAUAAAAUAUUGUUUUUUUUAUUUUAAUAUAAGAUAUGUCAUUUU